AUGGCAGCCGAUAUGAGCGGCGAACAGAUGCAGGCCAAGAUCACUGCGGCCCGGCGCGAAGCCGAGGGUCUCAAGGACAAGAUCAAGCGCAGAAAGGAUGAGCUGGCAGACACCACUCUCCGCCAAGUGGCGCAAAACCAGACCGAAACUCUACCUCGCAUUGGAAUGAAGCCCCGUCGAACGCUCAAGGGCCACUUGGCUAAGAUCUACGCUAUGCAUUGGUCGACUGAUCGCCGCCACCUCGUUUCCGCCUCACAGGACGGAAAGCUCAUUAUCUGGGAUGCCUACACCACGAACAAGGUCCAUGCGAUUCCCUUGCGGUCAUCAUGGGUGAUGACUUGCGCUUACGCCCCCAGCGGAAACUACGUUGCUUGCGGUGGUCUGGAUAACAUUUGCUCCAUUUACAACCUCUCCUCGCGUGAAGGGCCGACUCGGGUCGCGCGUGAGCUCUCCGGACACUCGGGUUAUCUCUCUUGCUGUCGCUUCAUCAACGAUCGCCGUAUCAUCACUUCCUCGGGAGAUAUGACUUGUAUGCUGUGGGAUAUUGAGUCGGGUUCUAAGGUGACCGAAUUCGCCGACCACCUGGGCGACGUCAUGUCGAUCAGCAUCAACCCCACCAACCAGAACAUUUUUGUUUCCGGUGCCUGCGACGCCUUCGCCAAGCUCUGGGAUAUCCGUACCGGAAAGGCCGUUCAGACCUUCGCUGGACACGAGUCCGACAUCAAUGCCAUUCAAUUCUUCCCCGAUGGAAACGCCUUCGGAACCGGUUCCGACGAUACCUCUUGCCGUCUGUUCGAUAUCCGCGCGGAUCGGGAAUUGAACACCUACCAGAGCGAUCAAAUAUUGUGCGGUAUCACGUCUGUUGCAUUUUCUGUGUCCGGUAGACUGCUCUUCGCUGGUUACGAUGAUUUCGAGUGCAAGGUCUGGGAUGUUCUGCGUGGUGAUAAGGUUGGCUCUUUGAGCGGCCACGAGAACCGUGUGAGCUGCUUGGGAGUCAGCAACGAUGGCAUCAGCUUGUGCACCGGAUCUUGGGAUUCCUUGCUCAAGGUGUGGGCCUGGUAA